GAUCGAUGCAGUCGAUUGAUUGACACCCAUGAUACAGUCAGUAGGUCGAUACACAUUCAUGCCUCUCUCGCCCCACACACAGAAAUCAUCGAUGUGUGACAUUCACAUAUCGAUGAUUUCUGUGUGUGUGUGGCUAUCUGCACAGAUAAUGAUGCUUUCUCUCCUCCACAGACCGGCAGACAGACAGGCGGUUGGAUAAAAGGCAAACACACCACACAACCAGCUCACGGCCAUCAUAAGGUGUGGCGUGAUUGGUGUACAGGCAGACGGCUUUCCACAACAAUGACAGACAGAAAGCCGAACCAUCACCCGGCCCCCUCUCAACAAUAACACCCGCACACCCAGUACACACAUCGCCCUCUUUGCACACAGUCAGACAGACGACGAGUGAAGAGCCCCCGGCCACACACAUGAGUGUGUGACACACACGACCGCCCCCACAUGUGUGUGUGUGUGUGUGGACUCUCUCCUACUCUAUGCUGACCAGCCGGAGCUGCCAGUAGGGGACACAUUUCUCGUCGGGCACUGUGAUCUGCCUGACCUCCCCCUCACGCAUCGACAGCAUCGCCUCACGCCACCACCCACCAUAAUCAGACACACAUCCACCUCCCUACGUUCAUCGAAGGCUUUGUCCCGGCCAUCGAAUGCAUCCUUCCACGCAAUGAUGUCGAACUUGACGGUGUCGCUGGCCUUGGGCACUCUGCCGGUGCCCUCCUGCACCACUCGAUGGCGGGCGCCGGAGGGAAGUCGGACAAAGCCAUUGCCGUUGCGGUUGGCGACUGACGAUGAGCCCUCUUGCCGCUGACGCAGUGUGGCCCCGCCGCCAUUGCUGCCAGCCGCUGCUGCACUGCACACACAGAUUUGGUGCAGACACAGCACAAAGAGAUCUGAUCUGUGUGAUGGCCUCUGCCCCUCGUCGCCUACGUGAGCUGUCUGAGGUCGUCUGUGAUGUCGGCCGCCAGUUUGAUGUCGCCGUAGUGCUCCGGGCGGAUGGCCAUCUGCUGCCCUUUGGCCGUGUAGUAGAAGCCGCCGCGGCCGUCGGUGAAGGUGUUGCGGCCCCAAAACAGGCCGACCAGCCGAUCACUCAUCGCGACGAGAGGCUGCUGAUGAUCCCACUGCACAAAUACAGAGGACACAGACAGAGCGAUGAAUGAGAGAGAGAUCUGUCACUGCAUCGAUCUGUAAUGCUUCUUUGUUGACCUCUCGAGUGUUUGUCUGCCCACAGGCCGAUGGAUUACCGAUGGCCGGCAAUGCCCUCUUGCCUGAGCACAUCAACAUGCACCACGGGAGAGGGACACAGAAAAUGAGUUUGCGGCCCAGAUCUUCGUUAUUUUCGGUUGCCUGAGGCCUCCCUGACCCACCUGAUGGGAGAAAUGAUGCCAAACAGUUCCGCGGGAGGAUCUGCGAGCUUAGAUGACGGUCAACUCUGGAGGAUUGAAGGAGCAU